AAUGUCUGGGCUUAACUAAAGCUUCUCUUGGUUGCAGUGUGGCGACCCGUUCAAAGACGAAAACCUUGUCGUCCUCAACGGGACCAAGGAAGAGGUGGAAAAACUGAGGGAGAAAAUGGAGGAGAAGAGGGCCAAGGCCAAGGCAACAAAGAAACCAAAGAAGAACAAAGUUGCAGAGACUGUUGCCAAGCCAUCUGACUCAAAAGAAAAUCCAGAGUCCACUGAAACUGUUUCUUCAGAGGGUCAAACUUCAACACAAAAUGGUGGAGACAACAGCCAGCCAGCAGUCCCUGAACCCCCUGCUUCUUCCAGCACCAAGGUGGUUACACCCUCGGCGGCAACCGGAAGCAAGAGGUCCAUCCAGACCAUGGAAGAGAAGUCGGAGACCUACAAAUCUCUCUUCACCAGCCACAGUUCAGCCAAACGCACCAAAGACCAGACGUCCAACUGGGUCACCCACACCCCCUACCAUUUCUAAAUUACUUCACCUCCCCUAGAUCACCACCAAGUGGUCAUGACAGGCAACACACAACCAGAUUGUGUAUUUGAAGGGUAUCUAUAAAAGGUUAUUAAUAACACAUUCAUAUAACCCAUACUUAACACAUUCAUAAGAAGUAUGUGAGCAUUUCAUAAAUGCUUAUGCCAACAACCGCAAGUUGAUAAGUCGCAUUACUGCAUUUCUGUGACGAAGGCAAUAUCAGCUUGCUACUGCUUAUGAAUGUGUAAUAUGAGGGUUAUGAAGCUUAUGUCGGCAUCCUUCAAGUAAAGUCUUAAGGAAGUUGACAUUUUUCUUAUAGGUAUUCUUGGCUCAGGUUAAUGAAUCAAUAGCCUAUAGGAAGCACUAUUAAAUGCUCCUUUUUCUAGGAAUGGCUGUAAUAUAUGUAGGUCUUAUCUAGGUAUGGAUAGGUGUAGAUUUGGCAAGUCAUUAUGGUUUGCUAUGCAAUAUGACAUAUACAUGUUUUGAAAUUAUAUCACAAGGGCCUAGUUAAUUUUUUUUGUAUAGGAAGUGGAAUAGUGAGUGUUUUUGUAGUGUUCAUUCAAAACAUGCUUUCAAUAAGCUCAUUACUUAUGUCUAUACUCAAUUUGAAUGUUUCCUCCAAAUAGCUUGUCACCCACCACCCAUCAAAAUAUAGAUGGGAGAAAAGUUGUUUUAUUCACAUGUGCAUAUUUCAUUUUUAUUUAAAUAUUUACCUUUUGAUAUACUUUUUCCCACUUUGUUUGGGUUGAGGGUUGAACAAACAUAUGUCAAAAUAAAGACUAUGUCCUUUUACUUAAAAAA